AUGAAAGUUGCUUUCUUCGGAAGAACUAGCAAUGGCAAGAGCACUGUAAUUAAUGCCUUGUUGGGAGAUCUUAUUUUACCAUCUGGUAUUGGUCAUACAACUAGUUGUUUCCUCAGUGUUAAUGGAACAGAAGUUGAGACACCUUAUGUACUGACUCCUGGCUCUGACGAAAAGAAAAAUAUUCAAUCUUUAAGUCAACUGGCUCAUGAACUUUGUCAAGAGAAACUAGAUCCAAGUAGCUUGAUUCGAGUCAAUUGGCCAGUAGCAAAAUGUGCAUUGCUUCGAAAUGAUAUUGUGUUGGUUGACAGCCCAGGGAUUGAUGUUAGUCCAGAUCUUGACAGUUGGAUUGAUAAUUGCUGCUUGGAUGCAGAUGUUUUUGUUUUGGUAGCAAAUUCAGAGUCAACUUUGACGAAUACAGAAAAGAAAUUUUUCAAUAAAGUCAUUCAGAAGCUGUCACGGCCAAAUAUUUUUAUCUUGAAUAAUCGUUGGGAUGCGUCAGCAUCUGAGCCGAAGAUGAUGGCAGUUAAAAAUCAACAUAUGGAAAGAACAGUUGGUUUUCUUGUCAAUGAACUUAAAUGCAUUGAUCAAUGUGAAGCAAAGAAUCGUGUUUUCUUUGUGUCUGCUAAAGAAGUUCUGACAAAGAGAAUGCAGGAAAACCAAGGAAUGUGUGAUACAGGGGCUGCUAUACAUGCAGAAGGCUUUAAAGAAAGACUAAUGGAAUUUGAGCAUUUUGAAAGAAAGUUUGAGGAGUGCAUUUCCAAGUCAGCGAUUCAAACAAAAUUUGAAUCUCAUGCUGUACAAGGAAUGCAAACAACAAAAUUUGUUCAAGAAAUCAUGGAGAAAAUUGAAGCCAAGUCAAAGGAUGAAAGGCAGAAAUGUAUUGAAGCAAAAUGUAGCUGGGAGGAACGAUUGGUAAUAAUGGACAACAUACUGGAUCAUGAGUUUAAGAAUAAAAUCAAGAAAAUUAAAGAAAAAGUUAAGUCGAAGGUUGCCACAGCAAUGAAUGAUGAAAUAAAACGUUUAGGAAUACUUGUAAAUCAGUUUGAUCAUCCAUUUGAAACGGAUCCUACUUCCAUUGAAACUUACAAACGAGAUCUGCUCACUCAUAUUGCUGAUGACCUGGGAAGGAAUCUUACGGAGCGAUGUGGAUUAGCUCUUUCCCAGUUCAUUGAUGAAACUAAACAAUCAAUGACUGAUCAAUUAGCUUCACUUUUACCACCAGAGGAUCGUCAUGAGGUGAAGACUAUUUUGGAUUCCAGGCAUGGAUUUAAAGUAUCCUAUCAACUUGAUAUUCCCAAUAUUUGCUCGGAUUUCAAAGAGGAUUUAGAGUUCCAUUCCUCUCUAACAUUACCCAGAGCUACUGGUAUUAUGGCUGUUGCAAGCCUGGCUUUUAGAAAUGUUGUUGGCAAUGUGAUUGCUGGUGUUGGUGUUGGUUUUGGUUUUGUUGAAUACAUGGAAAAUUGUCGUCAGUCGGUUGUCAGUAUGACAAGUUCAAAUUGUAGUCAACAAGUUAAGAGGGAACUUUCCUCCACUUUUGUUCAAUUGUGUGACAAAGUUCGUGAAGUGAACAGACGACAAGUGGAAGACAAGAUUUCACAACUUAGUGAAGAUAUUACUGAUUUGGAGAAAAUUGAAAGUCAAGCGCGUCUAUUUGGAAAAAAUGCACAAUGUCUCGAGGAUCAGUUGAGCAGCUUCAUUGGAGAAUAUGGUUUAUCGCAAAGUAAAAUGUAA